UCUAGUACUUUAUGACAAGAGUUUAAGACUGUUUACUGAGUUGAGUUCUUCAACAAAAACGUAUUGAAGAGGCAUCUGAUGAUGUGUUCCCUAAGAGCUACUACACAUGUGCUCCCUGGGACCCCUACCCUUCCCAAAAAGGGAAAACUGGAAGCCAGAACAUUCCCCAGGAUCUGGACAGCCUCUGAUCCAACUCUGUUCCAAAUUAUUUUGAUGGCUGUUCUCUUGGCUCCUGUUGUUGGUGACUGUGGUCCUCCACCCAUUUUGCCAUUUGCUUCUCCAGUCAUGCAGUCUUAUGAGACAAACUUCAGAACUGGAACUGCCCUGAAGUACAAUUGCCACCGCGGCUACUGGAGAGUCAAUUCAAGUCAUGUUAUUUGUGAUAUUAAUGGAUCAUGGAUCUACAGUGUCUUUUGCGCCAAAAAGCGUUGCAGACACCCAGGAGAGUUAGUCAAUGGGAAAGUAGAAAUUAUAACUGAUCUGCUCUUUGGGUCAUCCAUAGAAUUCAGCUGCUCAAAAGGAUACAGCCUCAUUGGCUCAACAACUAGUCAGUGUGAGAGUCAAGGCAAAGUGGUGGACUGGAGCGACCCUCUCCCAGAAUGUGUAAUUGUCAAGUGUGAGUCCCCUCCAGACAUCAGCAAUGGGAAACACAGUGGUAGAGAUGAAGAUCUUUACACGUAUGGCUCCUCAGUCACCUACAUCUGUGACCCCAACUACUCACUCUUAGGCAAUGCUUCCAUUUCCUGUAUGGUGGUGAAUAAAACAGUAGGUGUCUGGAGCCCCAGCCCUCCGGCCUGUGAGAAAAUCAUCUGUCACCAGCCUUCUAUUCCAAAGGGAAUAUUUCUCUCUGGCUUUGGAUUCUUCUAUGCGUACAAAGACAGUCUUGUGGUUAACUGCAAGAAAGGUUACAUCCUCAGGGGCAGCAGUGUGAUCCACUGUGAAGCGAAUGGCAAAUGGUAUCCUUCUGUUCCCACCUGUGAGCCCAAUGGUUGUGUUGACUUACCAGAAGUCCCCUAUGUUUCCUGGGAGAGAACUAUGCUUAGCCUAAGGAAUCAAGAAAUAUUUGAGAUUGGAACACAGGUGAAAUAUCAGUGCAAGACUGGUUAUCGACCAACUCCAGAUGAGCCUCAGACUGCCACUUGUCAGGAAAAUUUAAAGUGGGCAGUUUCCAAAGGGUGUGAAAGGGUGUGUUGCCCAACACCAAAUGUGGAGAAAAUGAGAAUCAUAAGUGAAAGGAGAGACUUUACUGGCAUAUGUGUCUAUGCCUAUGAAGAUUAUGUUCUCUACAUGUGCGAUGAAGGCUACUAUCCUGCUUCUACUGAUGGCAGGAGUCAGUGCCAAGCAGAUGGCACAUGGAAUCCAAAGAUGCCAGUGUGUGAGUCAGCUGUGUGUCUGAGGCCAGAGAUACCAAAUGGAAAGCUGUCUGUGGAGAAGGAUCGCUAUACUGAGAUGGAAAAUGUCACCAUCAAGUGUGACUCUGGCUAUGAGCGGGUUGGUCCCCAAAGUAUCAUUUGCUCAGAGAAUAAAACCUGGCACCCAGAGGUGCCCAAGUGUGAGUGGGAGGUCCCUGCAGACUGCAAACAAGUGACUGCAGGCCAAAAGCUCAUGGAAUGCCUUCCCAGCCCAGCUGAUGUGAAAAUGGCCCUGGAGAUAUACAAGCUAUCUCUAGAGAUUGAAACAUUGGAAAAAGGGAAGUACAUGAAGACCCGGGAGAGAUUUUCUGAAAAAGAAAUAAAAUAGUCACUUUUGUCUUUAAAUUAACAUGCAGAAUCCCCAUGUCCAACUCCAUUUGUCCUAAAGCACCAUUACUCAGGA